AUGGCCCUGGUAUCACAAAAUAAACAAAACAAGGAUGAACAAAAACAUUCCCCUGUAUCAGAAAAUAAAGAGAAGAAUGAGGAACUCAUUGAUACACAGAAACUUUCUUCCAAUUCAAGAAUCUUUCCAGAAAACACCAAGAACUCCAUAUUGAGAGAAGCUACCACUGAGAAACCACCUGGUAUUCCAAAAAAAGAUAAGCCAUCAAAACAGUUGGUUGAAGGUCAAUCACUUGAAAUCACCCAGAAUUCUGUAUUAAAGGAAGCCACCUUUGAGAAACAAGAUGAUAUUCACAGAAAGGAUGAACCAUUGAGACAGUUGCACAAGGGGCAAUCACUUGAUUCAUUGCUUAUUCCAGAAAGUAACCAGAAUUCCAUAUUGAAGGAAUCUAACACUGAGGAACAAGCUGAUGUUCAGAGGAAAGAUGAACCAAUAUUGAAACAGUUGAUCAAGGGGCAAUCAAUUGAUUCAAGGCUUGAACCAGAAAGCACCCAUAAUUCCAUAUUGAAUGAAGCUGCACCUGAGAAACAAGCUAAUAUUCAAGAAAAGGAUGAACCAUUGAAAAAUUUGGUUGAGGUUCAAUCAACUGAACACUCCAAUGGAUUUCAAGAUCCAUCAAUCAAAGCUGAUGAAAGUGAACAAAAAAAGUGGGUUCCUCCAAAGAGAGAGUCUUCCUUAUGGAAAAUUCAUCUGGAUGAUAAAGAUCCUGAGAAAAUUCAAUUUGAAAAUCAAGAGGCCAUAGAUUUUUGGGGACUGAAAGCCAAAGAGAAUAAAAUUUCAUCAAGAAGGAUACAUGUGACAAUCAGAUUGAUGGAUAUAUUAUUCCAAUCAUUCCGUCACAAAAUAAAGGCAGAUACUGCAUUAUAUGAUUCCAUCCUACCAGCCUUGAAGUUAAGCUUAUUUGAAAAGGGGAAAUUCUGGUUUGCUUGCAGACAGUUUAGGCAAGAACUCCUCAAAGGUAUCAAACCGCUCAAAGAAUCAGACAUUCAGAAAAAGAUUAAUAAAGGUCAAUACAAAUCAUGGGUAGAGAUGAUGAAGGACAAGAAAAAAUCUCAAGAAUUGGAAGCUCUUUUUGCCUCAACAUUGGAGUCAUGUGAUGCUCUUUCAAGCUACAUACAAGUGUGGGAUUAUCUUGAGCAAGAUCCCAUCAAAAUUCACACAAAAAUUAAAGAAUAUACAAAUGCACUUAAGGUAAAACAACCGUAGUGUUCAAACUAGACAAGAUGAUAGUUUUGUUGAUUGGGUACAGAAUUAUUUCCUUCUUAAUUAUUUUACAGAAGCAUUU